ACACUCGCCUAAACCCUCGUAGAACUCUCUAGAACUUAUCCCCCGCCCCCACUCUUCCCCUAUUUGAUCUCCUCCCACGCACUCUCGCCUCCCCGUCUUCUGCAAUUCGCAUUCUUCCGAGUUGAGUUAGAGUUGAGUUGAGCUGUUCUGUGCUGAUGGAGGACGAUUUCGAUAUGCCGCCUGCCGAGGGGAUGGACGAGGACAUGGAUCUGCCCGAGGCCAGUACUUACAUGAAAGUUGGAGAGCAGAAGGAGAUCGGCUCCGAUGGCUUGAAGAAGAAGCUCGUCAAGGAAGGUGAAGGCUGGGACACCCCCGAGAAUGGCGAUGAAGUUCAAGUUCAUUACACGGGGACUUUGCUUGACGGUACUAAAUUCGAUUCGAGUCGCGACAGGGGAGAUCCAUUCAAGUUCACUCUCGGUCAAGGGCAAGUAAUCAAGGGAUGGGAUCAAGGUAUCAAGACGAUGAAAAAGGGAGAAAAUGCCAUAUUCACCAUACCUCCCCAAUUAGCCUAUGGGGAAUCAGGUUCUCCCCCUACCAUUCCUCCAAAUGCAACUUUGCAGUUCGAUGUUGAGCUACUUUCAUGGGUCAGUGUUAAGGACAUCUGCAAAGAUGGUGGGAUAUUCAAGAAAAUCCUUAAAGAGGGAGAGAAAUGGGAGAACCCCAAGGAUCGGGACGAGGUGCUAGUCAAAUAUGAGGCACAAUUGGAGGACGGAACAGUUGUUUCAAAAUCAGACAGUGUUGAAUUUACUGUUCAGGAAGGUCACUUUUGCCCUGCUCUAUCCAAGGCUGUUAAAACUAUGAAGAAAGGCGAGAAGGUCCUGCUUACAGUCAAACCCCAAUAUGCCUUUGGUGAAGCUGGAAAACCUGCCUCUGGUGAUGGAAAUGCUGUUCCUCCCAAUGCCACAUUGAAUAUUGUUUUGGAGCUGCUGUCCUGGAAGACAGUUAGCAAUGUCACUGAUGAUGAGAAAGUCGUGAAGAAGAUACUAAAAGAGGGGGAGGGAUAUGAGCGCCCGAAUGAAGGAGCUGUUGUUAAAUUGAAAUUGAUUGGAAAGCUGCAUGAUGGCACUGUCUUUGUUAAGAAAGGCCAGAGUGACAACGAAGAGGAUCUUUUCGAAUUCAAGACGGAUGAAGAGCAAGUUAUUGAGGGGUUGGACCGGGCUGUGGUGGGGAUGAAAAAGGGAGAGGUGGCGCUGUUGACUAUUGCCCCUGAAUAUGCUUUUGGUGCAUCUGGGUCUCAACAAGAAUUGGCUGUUGUCCCUCCAAACGCAACAGUGUUAUAUGAAGCCGAGCUUGUCUCUUUUGUUAAGGAGAAAGAGUCGUGGGAUAUGAGCACUGAAGAAAAAAUUGAGGCAGCAGGAAAGAAAAAGGAGGAAGGGAAUGGACUUUUCAAGGCUGGGAAGUAUGCGAGGGCCUCCAAGAGAUACGAAAAGGCAGCGAAGUUUAUCGAAUACGACACCUCAUUCAGCGAGGAGGAGAAGAAGCAGUCGAAGGCCCUGAAGAUAAGUUGCAACUUGAACAAUGCAGCAUGCAAGUUGAAACUGAAGGAGUACAAGCAGGCAGAGAAGCUGUGUAGCAAGGUGCUGGAGCUGGAGAGCACGAACGUGAAGGCCCUGUACAGAAGGGCACAGGCAUACAUGAACAUGGCCGAUCUGGACUUGGCUGAAUUGGACAUCAAGAAAGCCCUUGAGAUAGAUCCAGACAACAGGGAGGUGAAGGCGGAGUACAAGACUCUGAAGGAGAAGGUGAAAGAAUACAACAAGAAGGAUGCCAAAUUCUACGGGAACAUGUUUGCCAAGCUAACCAGCAGCAGCAGCAGCAGCAAGGCAAAGGAUGCUGCUGCUGAGCCGAUGAGCAUCGACAGCAAGGCAUAGACAGAGAGAGUUUGUGGGGUGGGGGUUUUUUUCCUUGUUGUGUUUUUCUUUCUGCUCCGGUGAUGAUGGUGCACACUUGUUCUACCUGCUUUAUUGCUAGAACUGAGUGAGGGAGAGGGGGGGAGAGAGAGUGUGUGUGGUUGAGUCACACUACAUGUAACAACAGAACAUUGCUGCUUACUAUUAUUCUAUUCAUCAUCAUAACUUGACCGGGACGCA